AUGGAAUAUGAGAUAAAACUGUCAAAAGAAGAUCCGGAUGUUUUUGCUGACGAAGGAAUAUAUCGAAGCCUAGUUGGAAGUCUCAUGUAUCUUACGAACACCAGGCCAGACAUCACAUAUGAUGUAACUAAGAUCAACAGGUACAUGGAAUAUCCGAAGAAAACUCACUGGGAAGCUGGCAAGCGGAUACUUAGAUAUAUUAAAGGAACUUUAGAUCAAGGAGUCAUAUACUCAAAGGGUGGACAAGGAAAACUGGUGGGAUUCAGCGACAGUGACUAUGCAGGAAAUGUGGAUGACAACAAGAGUACAUCAGGAUAUAUGUUUCAAUUAGGAUCAAGUCCUAUUUCAUGGCAAUCUAAGAAACAAAAGGUGGUGGCAUUAUCAUCGACAGAAGCAGAAUAUAUGGCCUUAUCAUUAGCCGGUUGUCAAGAAAUCUGGAUUAAAGGGAUACUUGACGAGUGUUGGGAUUGA